AUGUGGGCCGGCAAGCCGUUUGCGGUCCACGAGAGCGACGCGCCGCUGACCGUGCCGGACGACGUGGUGCUGGCCACUGAGGAGCGCGCCGAGGACCGCGGGGAGUUUGACCGCGCGGUGGCCGACAAGAUGCGCGCGGAGGAGGAGGAGCGGCGGCGCCAGGAGGAGCUGAGGCAGCAGUGCGAGGAGGAGGAGGAGCGCGAGUACCGCAGGAGCCUGAGGUUCAAGGCGCGCCCCAUGCCCAAGUUUGACCAGCCCUUCUUCUCCCGCCCGAGCGAGAAGCCCCUGACCAACGCCCAGACGCCCGACUUUGCCUCCAAGAAGCGCGCGCGGCGCGACGGAUGA